ACGAAGCCCUCUGAGGCGGGGGUGAAGGUAGCUAACUCGGCGUUCGGAAAGAUGGAAGCGACGGGGUCUGACACAGGAGCGGCAUCCCUGGAAGUCUUGGCUGAGGUGGCAGGCAUCCUGGAGCAUAUAGGCCUGCAGGAAGAGUCAGAACUGCCAGCACAGAUCCUGGCUGAGUUUAUGAUGGACUCCCAGAAGAAAGACAGGCUGCUUUGCAGCCAGCUUCAGGUGGUAGAUUUCCUGCAGAACUUCCUGGCUCAGGAGGACCCUGUUCAGGGCCUUGACCCCUUGGCUUCUGAAGACUUGAGCCGACAGAAGGCAAUUGCAGCCAAGGAACAAUGGAAAGAGUUGAAAGCCACAUACCGGGAGCAUGUGGAGGCCAUCAAAAGUGUCCUGACACAGGCCCUGACUCGGGAGGAAGAGGUCCACAGGAAGCGGACACAGCUCCAAGAGGCCCAUGAGCAGCUCCAGGCUAAGAAGCAAAUAGCUGUGGAAAAAUUUAGAGCAGCUCAGAAGCAGCGGCAACUACAACAGGAGAAGCAUCUUCAGCAUCUGGGUGAGGUUUCUACAGAGGUAAAGAAGCGUCAGACAGAAAUUCAGCAGGAGCUUGAGCGGCUAAGUCAGGAAGUUGACAUCCUGAAGCAGCAGGCAGGAUGGGAACAGGACAAGCUACAGAAGUACCGGACCUUCCUCCAGCUGCAAUAUACACUUCAGGGUAAGCCGCUGUUCCCUGAGGCUGAGGCAAAGAUGCCACAGGAGCUUCCCCUGCAUCUGGAACUCCCUGAGGCUAAAACUCAGCUGCUGACCCAGCCCCAGGAACAGAACACUGGUGACAAGGAGAAAGAUUGUGCCGUGUCCCUCAAAGUGAAUGAGGCUUCCAUACAACCUGCUGGAGACAUGAGCUUGCCACAGCUCCCUGAGGGACAAGGGCAUGAGAAAGGAUUCUAGAGCAGACUGCUGGCUCCGGAAAAGAAAAGAGGGCAAAUUUGCAUCUACAACCCCCACAGAGACUGCUAAGGUGGUGGGAGUUGACUUGCCCUCCUCUCCACUCCCCUCCAGCAACCAACAGCCUAGGAAAAAGGAUACAAGCCCCACAAAUUCAAAAGAGAAGCCAAUUUGUAUAUUUCUAUUCAAUUUGCUUUAUAUGCUUUGUAGCUAGUUUAUUCACGUAUGUACAAGUUUACAUGUCUGA